UGAGCAAAUAGUGAGUAGAUUUUCACUUUUGGCUGAACUAUCCCUUUAAGAGCAGAAAAUGUGAAAUUCAGUAAGCAACACCCACAACAUGGAAACCAGAGUACAGGGACCCAAGCGCUGUUAUAUAAGACAGUGGCAGAGAGUAAACUACCAGUUAGGACCUUAGAAUGGUUUUCUUACACACCUGGCUUUUUUUUACACUAGUGAGAGCAGCCAACCCUCCAUGCAAGUUAUUGGGGCCUCCUAACAUACCUCAGUUUAGCAAAGACGGUGAUGUGACAAUCGGGGGCAUUUUCUCUUUCCACAACAGCUGGGAGGAAAUUAUGCCCACAUUCACAUCAAAACCAGAACAGCCAAAAUGCAAGAGUUUGAGUCUCAGAGAAUUUCAAAAUGCACAGACAAUGAUAUAUGCCAUUGAGGAAAUCAACAAGAGAGCUGAUAUUCUUCCUGGUCUAAGUUUGGGUUACAGAAUCUUUGAUUCAUGUGGAUCCAUUGAAAUGGCUCUCAGAGCCUCUCUGUCAUUAGUUAAUGGGGAAAAUGCCUCACAUUUAUCCUGUCAAAGACCAAAAACAGUCCAAGCAAUCAUAGCAGAAACAUCCUCUACUCCUACCAUUGCCAUCUCUGCCACUGUUGGACCGCUGCAUUUACCGGUGAUUAGUCAUUUUGCAACAUGUGCCUGCCUCAGCGACAGAAAGAAACAUCCCUCAUUUUUCAGGACUGUUCCAAGUGAUUAUUACCAGAGCAGAGCACUGGCCAAACUAGUCAAGUAUUUUGGCUGGACCUGGGUAGGGGCUCUUUGCAGUGAUAAUGACUAUGGAAACAAUGGCAUGAACACUUUUAUCAAAGCAGCUACAGAAUUUGGAGUCUGUGUAGAAUUUUCUGAAGCAUUCUUCAGGACUCAUCCCAGGGAGGAAAUUUUAAGAAUCGUGGAUGUUGUAAAGAAAUCAAGCUCAAAAGUGAUUGUUGCCUUUGUAUCAUACUCAGACAUGGAAGUUCUUUUAUUGGAAUUAGCUAAACAGAACAUUACUGGGCUACAGUGGAUUGGUAGUGAAUCCUGGAUCUCUGAUAUGAACAUUGCUACUGGUAAAUGGCAAUACAUUCUUAGAGGGUCUAUGGGCUUUGCCAUCCCAAAAGCUGAAAUUCAAGGAUUAAGGGAAUUUCUAAUUAAAAUCCACCCAUCUUCCAACAUAUAUCUGUACAAAGAGUUGUGGGAAUCAGUGUUUCAAUGUAGACUUUCCACAGAACAAAGUUCUGAAAGCAAGAGCAUGUGCACAGGCAAUGAAAGUUUAAACAAUGUGCAGAACCAGUACACAGAUGUUACAGAAUUACAAAUAGCCAAUAAUGUUUACAAGGCUGUGUUUGCCAUUGCACAUGCACUGAACAGCUCAGUUGGCUGUUCAAAAUGGGACACAAAUCAAAGAGAAUGUAAUACAUGGCAGGUACUUCAAGCCCUAAGGGAAGUGAGUUUUUUCACUGAAACGGGUGAAAAGGUAUUCUUUGAUAAAAAUGGAGAUCCGGCAGCAAGGUAUGAUCUCUUGAACUGGCAGCAGGGGGAAGAAGGGGCAACAAAGUUUGUUAAAGUGGGUUUCUAUGAUGCCUCCCUACAACCAGAAUUUCAACUUUCCUUUAAUAACAUCACCAUCAUGUGGGCCAAGAAUCAACAUCAGGUGCCUGUGUCUGUUUGCAGUGAAAGCUGUCCCAUGGGCACUAGGAAGGCUGUGAAAAAAGGAAAACCUCUUUGCUGUUAUGACUGUAUUCAAUGUGCAGAAGGGGAAAUAAGUAAUAAGACAGAUGUUCUUUAUUCAGUACAAGGAGUCAUCAGAGGAGUCACUGAAGAAUUUGCUGUGGGUAAUGACACAGACCUUACGAUGUUGAGAUAGCUUCUUGUGGUGCAGCAGCUAACUCAGGUGUGGCCAUGUGGACAUUCUGCAUAACUGAUAGGAGCCGCUUUUUAACUGCUUUAAUGUGAUCUUGGUCACGAAAUGCUAGGUGCUUAAAUCUGAUGUCAAGAAAAGUACUGGCAGCAAGGCUGUGUAUAGCUUCAAUUCCAUGGAAUCUCCGCUGACAUUGCUCUGCCAGCUCAGAGGCAAAAGAGCAACCUUGACGCUCACUGGCAGCAGUUGCUUUAAGGAGCAGUGUCACCAAGGGAAUGAUCUUUGAAAUAGAAACAUAUUUUUCAUCUCACACUUCACGUGUAGCCUCCUCAAAAGGUUUCAAUGCCUUAAUUGAGAUGGAGAGAGCAGAUCGCUCUUCAUUCGUAAAACAAAGUUCACUCUUCCCAAGUAGAGAGUACAGUUGUAACUGGAUACAGUUGUUCUUGUAGGCUUUCCAACAUAUAGAAUGUGGAGUUCCAUCUGGUCUCCACUGAAAUUAUUAGUUUGUGCUCUGUCAUCUUUAGUUGCUUUUGUUACUCCUUAAGCUUCUCUAAGGCUUGUGCUGUGGUGUAAAAAAAGAUGCAUCUACAUUUUUCCAGCAGUUGACAGAUGUCAGGAUAUGCCUUUAAUACAUCUUUGACCACCAAGUUUAAUGUGUGGGCAAAACAUGGGUAAUGUUUCCACCCAGCCUUAUGCACUGCAGAAACCAUAUUUGCACCGUUGUCUGUGACAACUCCAAGCAACUUUUUGAGUUAUAUUCCAUUCUUCAGAAAUUCUUCUCAGCUCUGCACUAAUUUUGUUAGCUGUAUGUCAUGGGCUGAAAUUACAUGUCUCCAGUACAAAUUAUUGUUUUUCUAAUUUGUUAAAAUGACAGUUAGAUAUGCCUCUGUGGACUUUGAGGUCCACAUAUCUGUUGUUAGCACCACAUGGUUUACAUUUUCUAAUGUUGUCUUUACUUUGGCUUUACAGUCAUCAUACAUGUUGUGUAUUGUACCGUCCAUCCUCCUUUUCUUGUAAGGGAUUUUGUAACGUGCGUCAAGAGUCAUGAGAAGUAAAAUAAAUCCUCUAUCUUCUACCACUGAGAUUGGCUGGAGGUCCCUCACAAUUAUCUCUCCUAUGCUUCUUGUAAUUGCUGAUGCUCUUUAGGAGUCAUCUAAGAAAUAUAAUAUACUGUAUAUUCUUAAAGUUGUGUUACAGGCAUUCAAAAAUAUAUAAUGUUAAAUCUCUCCCAUUUAUUAUGUGUAUCUAAACUUUGUAUUUUAUUUGAUAAACAAAUUUAUUUAAAACUAUUUAAACUGAACUACAAAAAUAUUUAAAUCAAAAUAUCUUGAGUACAAUGUUAUUCUGAUCCCUGUGAAAUGUAACAGAAAUCUGAUAUAUGCCGAUUUACGCAAAUUGAUAUGUAAUCAUGUUAAUCGUAAGUAAUUUAUUAAUCAAAUCAUAUGUAAUUAUUCCCCCUCAGCAUAUGACAUUUAUAAUUUGUAUGUGUAUCUGUGUUUAUACGAACAUAUAUCAGAUUUUAUCCUAAUAUAAACUGAAUUGUAUGUAUUAAA